GAAGAAAAUGCAAGAAAACAGGUUCCCUGUGGUCAGUCACUCCAGCAAUUAUGAGCACCACCCCAACAAACAAAAUGGUAUUCCAGAUGGACAUAAAGAUCACCAAUCGGGUCUUCAAUGACUCCCUAUUGAAUCCAAAUUCCGAGGACUACAAGAAAAUGUAUGACGAGGUCAGCCAACUGCUUGCUGAUGCCUACAAGUCUUCUACAUCCGGAACAGCAUCCACUUAUGAGGGCGUUGCAACAAUGACUUUCAGAAAUGGAUCAGUGAUCGCAAACGCUGACAUAGUUUUCAACACAACGUCUAUCAAUGGAUUUGUGGUCAAGUUUGAUUUCCUGAAUUAUAUCAACGCCAAUCCUUCUGCCCUUCUCCAGAUAGAUACAAAUUAUAUUGAAUCAGAAAAAGUUGGGCCUCCAACCUCAACCAUAACCACCCCCACCUCAACCAUAACCACCCCCACCACACCUACUACAACAAUAACUCACAUGACUGCAACCCCUACUAACCCACCAACAAUCACACCAUUGGCUACAAAUACAACUAUGAACAUUCCUACAAAUUCCACUCCAUUGGCUCUAACUACAACUAUAAACAUUCCUACGAAUUCCACUCCAUUGGCUCUAACUACUUCUACAAAAAUUACUACAACAUUCACCUCAUUGGCUCCAAAUAUAACUGCGACAAUUCCAACCACAACCACCCUGUUGGUUACAAAUACAACUAUGAAAAUUCCAACAACUUCCACCACAUUAGCUCUAAAUACAACUAUUAACAUUCCUACAAAUUCAACUCCAUUGGUUCUAACUACUUCUAUGAAUAUUCCAACAAAUUCCACUCCAUUGGCUCUAACUACAACUAUAAACAUUCCUACAAAUUCCACUCCAUUGGCUCUAACUACUUCUACAAAAAUUCCUACAAAAUUCACCUCAUUGGCUCCAAAUAUAACUGCGACAAUUCCAACCACAACCACCCUGUUGGUUACAAAUACAACUAUGAAAAUUCCAACAACUUUCACCACAUUGGCUCUAAAUACAACUAUUAACAUUCCUACAAAUUCAACUCCAUUGGUUCUAACUACUUCUAUGAAUAUUCCUACAAAUUCCACUCCAUUGGUUCUAACUACUUCUACAAAAAUUACUACAACAUUCACCUCAUUGGCUCCAAAUAUAACUGCAACAAUUCCGACAACCACCCUAUUGUCUACAAAUACAACUAUGAAAAUUCCAACAUAUUCCACCCCACUGGCUCCAGCUACAACUACCAAAAUUCCAACAACCCCAUUGGCUUCAACUACAACAAUGACAUUUCCAACAACUUCCACCCCAUUGGCUCCAUCUACAAUUACGAAAGAUCCCUCUUUUGACAAAACCACACAAGAUCCAAUUACCGUAGUAACCUUCUCUUCCACUAAAGGCAGCGGAAAGAGAAACAAUAGUGUACUCCCUACAUCCAGUCCUACAAAUAUGUCAUCUUCAAUGACAACUGGUGGUUCAGGAGGAAACUACAAGACUAAUACAAUUCAUCCACCCACCACAAGUCAUGGUGCCAGUCCUUCACCUGGGACGGUGGACCCAAAAAGAAACAGUAAGAGACCAAACAUCUCCCCAUCUGGUGGUUUAACCAACCGUCCCCUGAAGCCUUCCAUCGGGCCUCAGUCAAGCACCACAACUAAAUCUAGCACAACUGCCAACGCAGCAUCCAGGGAUAAUGGUGGUGGGUUCAGUGACUGGGUACCGGGAUGGGCCAUUGCGCUGUUGGUGUUAGCCGCUGUCAUCCUGCUGCUCCUCAUUAUCAUCUUCAUCAUGAUGGUGGUGCGCUGGUGCUGUAAAAGGUCAGAUGGUCCGUACGCUCAUGAAAAAAAGAGCACCCCCAACAUGGACUCUUUCCCCACAUAUGUCCCCCAAGCCCCUGUACAGGAGCAACCCAAUGGCAAGACCUUUGAGACUAUUCAGGAUGACCCACGAAAGAAGAAAAAAACUGGCAUGUACAUAGUGAACCCCUGAGCAGGAAGAUGUGGAGGUGACAUACCAACAGGCAAACUCUUGUCUGCAGAACAAGAUCUGACAAAGAUGAGCUACAAGCAAAACCAUGUCACAACCUCUGUAGAUACUGUAUAGUUUGUCAGGAAUUUAGCAUGUUAUAUUGGAUGAAAAUGAUCGGAAUGAUUUCAUAUGUUUGUAUUUAUUCCACAAAUCUUGCGCAUAAACUUUGGGCAACCUUGCUAGUAUUUUUGAACUGUAUCUGAUGUCGUCAUAUUUGACCCUGUUAUGAACACAACCAGCGUCAAGCUGGUAUAUUAUAUUCUGAUUUUUCAUUGGCACAAAUAUCUCAGAUGUUUUGCUUUGCAUCAUGUUCUACUGCUCAAUUGUAUAAUGCUAAAGAUGAAUGUUGAAUCAAAUAUGAAAAUCAGAGUUCCUUAAUUGGUCAGAUAUUUGAAUCGGGAGUUUACAGCAAUGAUGUAUAUGAUCCCUGGAUUGCAGAUGCUAUGUGUUGGCCAUUGACAGGCUUUAAAGCCACCAGUCGGCCAUUUUGGCACUCCCCAGUUGGAGCAGUCCUUCAUAGGAAUACAUGGAAUUCUACAGUAUUUCAAUUAAAUGUUUCAGGGACAAAAUGACAUGUAUUUAAAUAUUUGUUUAUUGUUGGGACAGUAACAUUGGUGAUCUCAAAAAAAGAUACUUUAAACGUUUUUCUAUAUUUUAUUUGUAUGUUUAGCUCACAUAAUACAAUGUAAAAGUAUGCAAUAAGGUGUCUGGAAUAGAAUAGUUGUGGCAAAAACAAAUUUAGAAAUUAAUAAAUUCAUUUCUGUAGCUUCCAAAAUAUAUUUUUUACGUUGAGGGAGUGCCAAGAUGGAGGCAUGGUGGCUUCAAUAGAGCCGCCAAAACAGUAAUCUAGUUUAUAUAUAAAUCAUUGACUUACAACAUGUGCAGUAAUAAUGUGACAUCUUGAGAAAUGGAAAUAGAUGUAGGUCUGAAUCUUAACUUGACUUGAGUGCCCAUUGAUGUCAAUGGAAGAUUUUCAAAAACUCCAGUUAUACGCACAGAUCUCAAGUUAGGAUUUGGGACUUGAGAAUUACACAUGUAAAUAGGAGUACAUUUCUGAGUACUGAGUUUGUAUCACAUCAUACAAUUUAAUGGAAGACUUGUAAAUAAAUGCUGAGAACCAAGACCUCUUCUUCAUGGAAGUAUCCUCAUUAAACUGACAGUUCACUCCCAACAUCGAAGUUGGUAUUUCUAGACAUUAAAAGUAGUUUAAUGAAGAAAUAUACAAAAGUAUGUGUGAAUUUGGCUAUUCCAGCCACACCCAUUACUGACUGGUGUAUAAAAUCGAGCUCACACCCAUGCAAUCUCCAUAUACAAACAUUGGCAGUAGAAUGUCUUUACUGAAGAGCUCAGUGACUUUUAACGUGGCAAGUUAGUUGGUCAAAUUUCUUCCCUGCUAGAGCUGCCCCUGUCAGUUGUAAAUGUUGUUAUAAUCUUGUUUGUUCAAGUCAAUCAGCAUUUUGUCUCAGCUCCUGCUUUUUCCAGUCUCUUUUCUCGCCCUCACCGUUUUGACCCUUGCCUGUCCUGACUCCGAGACCGCCUGCCUGACCACUCUGCCUAUCCCUGACCCUGAGCCUGCCUGCCCGACCUGUACCUUUGCCCCCUCUGGAUUACCGACCUCUGCCGUACCCUGACCCCUUCCUAUCGUCCGGGACCAUUGACCCACCUCUAGUUUUCUGACCCCUGCCUGCCUUGACCUGUCUAUUGCCUGCCCUUGUUGGAACAUUAAACUAUUGUUUAUUCGA